AUGGCCAGACGUUUCUCUAAGGAGGAGAAAGGAAAAGGUCUAUUUUCUGAAGACAAAGAAACUUACAUCAAGAGAAUCAAGGUCCCAUGCGUAGAUAACUCAGCACUCAUCAAGGAAAAUGCUUUGACCCUUAUUGGGAGAGUAACAAACCCAAAGGAGCAAAGAAUCUGGGCCCUCAUACCGGCGCUACCUCACAAAUGGCACCUACAAGGAAGAGCUACUGGGUCAGAUCUGGGAAAUGGAUGUUUCCAGUUCAGAUUUGAAAGAGAAGAUGAUUUACAAAGAGUAUUGGACAACCGACCUUACCACUUUGCGUACUGGAUGGUUAUCAUACAGAAGUGGGAACCUAUCAUCUCGGCCUCUUUUCCUUCACAAAUCCCGUUUUGGAUUCGCAUCAAAGGUCUUCCCCUUCACUUCUGGAUCGAGGAAAUGAUCUGCAACAUUGGUAAAGAUCUGGGAACAAUACAGGACCAUGAACUUACCAAGACAACAGCAAGAGUCAGAGUCCUUGUAGAUGGACUUAAACCACUAACCAAAGAAGCUAUUGUGGAAUUCGACUCGGAGGAGGAAAGUAUUAUUUACCUGGAGUAUGAAAAGCUGGAGAACCACUGUUCACGCUGCUAUUUGAUGUCUCACCUGAAGAAAGACUGCCCUUCUUACCUAAUGGAAACACAACGAGAAGAAAGUCAACAGAGCGGAAAGCUUAUAACCUAUAAGAAGGAAGUCCUCCCUGAGCAAAACGGCAUGCACCAGAGUAGUAGACAACAAAGCCCGGAUGGAUACUACAGGGAGUACAACUCAAAGGCCACUGGUGAGGGUAGAGCUGAUACGUUCCAUGAAAGGGUAGACCGUCAUGGUAACAUCUUUGGCGCUAGAGUUGCUACCAAGCAGACCCGAGUCCCUUCACCACCAAAGGUUUUGGAAAAUAUAAGAGAUGAUCACCACAGUUGGAGAGGCAAGGGAUUCGAAUCGGAAACUGAAACUCAAAUUCAAAGCUACAACUCCCCACCUUACACAAAGAGACAGGACCUAGGUAAAGAGAGAAACAUGUUUAAAAAGGCCCUCUUCCCCCAGAGAGGUCUCAGUGAAUGGAGAGUUAAACCAACUGAAGCAGCACCAUCAUCAGACCGCAGAGUAUCACCAGGUCGUAUGAGUCUCCAAAAUCAUGUACUGCAGAACCCACAGGGGGAAGCCCCCCAGGAAGCAUAUAAGGAACAAACAGAAGCUCAAAUACUUAAUGAAUUAAAUGAAGCAACGCUCUUGUACCUCAGCUGCCCAGACCCUACUGAAGCAGCAGCCAGGAGACAGAGGGUUCUAGCGGGUGAUGCGAUGUGUCAAACUCAAGAACGAGUGGCAAAAGCUAUCCUAGCUAGAUCAGCAGAACAGCGACGCUCACUAUCUCCUUGGGAACGUGGAAUAAAAUCAAUGAGCCCUCCGGGAAUCGAUUUUGACGUGGCUAUGCAACCAUCAGAUAUUGAAGAUACACCCCCACCUAUAAUGAGAAGAGCAGCACCGCAUCAGGAUGUUGAUUCACUACCUGAGAAACAAGUACAGAGCCCAAACGAUGGAAUCAACUCUGGUAGACUCAAAUCUAUCAUCAUAACUCCAACAGAUGGCAGGAGUGAAGAGCAGGAAGAAGCACGAGAGGUGGUGGAAAUUGCAGACGAUGAAGAAACCCUCCUGCAGUUUCAAAGCAAGAAGAAGAAGAGGAGUUCAAACUCAAUAAUAUUGAGGUCACCACGCCUAUAUCCUAGUAUCCUUAGAGGCGCAAGCUCAAAGAAGAGAAAACUCUCGCAAAUUCAACACUCACCGGGGAAUGGAAAAAAGCGAGUGGAUGGAGAGACCUCAAAGGGUUCCAAGACGUUAGCAAUAACCAAGCAUGGAGUAAGAACAGGAACCACUGCCCAAACGACCGCAAAAAACCCUGCAAUACAACUAAUCCCUGCAAUGACAAGGAAUCAGAAAGGAAACCGAGAUUCACAACCUCAACAAGCUUCCACACAUCAGCAAGGAAGGAAAGCAGUACCUCUGAGACAGGCACUGCAUCUCCACCGAAGAAGAAGCAGGAUUUUCGGUCUCCUCCUCCCCCGGCUCCUUAGCCGUUCUGAUCUGGAACUGCUGUGGAAUAACUCUGAAAUGGUCCUUGACACUCUAAAAUGGCUACCGAUUGAAAACCAUCACGCCGUUCCCCCGCAGACACCAGGAGGUGGAGGUCUAUUUCUCAUCUGGAAGAAGGAUAUAGAUCUCACAGUCAGGACAAGCACAAAGAACUUCAUUGAUACAAUGAUAGUGGAUAAAGGAAAAUCCUAUCAAAUAACGUUUGUGUAUGGAGAACCAGACCAUACAAAGAGGAUAUCAAUCUGGAAUGAUAUAUCAGCUCUACAACCAACUACUGGAUACCCGUGGCUCCUAACCGGAGACUUUAAUGAGCUAACUGAUAACAGCGAGAAGAAGGGCGGACCAGAGAGAGAGCAGAAGGAACGUUUUGCUCCUUCAGAUCAUUCCUAUCAAGCAAUGGGUUAUUUGACGUCAAGCAUUAUGUUUGAGGGCUCGGAUCACCGUCCCCUUGUCACGUUCCUAGAUACAAGAAGGAAAAAGGGAUCAAAGAUCUUCAGAUUCGACAGAAGAUUAAAGGAUAAUCCUGAGAUCAGAAAGCUAGUACAAGACACAUGGAACACUGCCCCCACACCUGGAUCUUUGUCUGAUCCAAUUCCAAAUGAUGAACUAAUCCAUGAUCUCAACACAGGCCUCCUUAAAGCCUACAAAGCAGAAGAAGAAUAUUGGCGUCAACGUAGUCGACAACUCUGGUUAACGUUGGGGGACUCCAAUACAGCUUAUUUUCAUGCAUCUACGAAGGUACGUAAAUCAGAGAAUAGAAUGACGGUGAUAGAAGAUGAUCACGGGGUACCUUGGUUGGAGGAAGAGCAAAUUACAGGAGUCAUCUGCAAGUAUUUCGACCAGAUCUUCAUCUCUGAGUAUCACGACGGCCUGCAAACAAUAGAAAAAUCUCUCAAACCUUGUGUAACUGAUGCGAUGAAUGAGGAACUCCUUAAAGAGCCAACAGAUGCAGAAAUAAAAGAUGCAACCUUUGCGAUCAAUCCAGAUAAAGCCCCAGCUAUCAUUUCUGAGAACCAGUCAGCCUUCAUUCCAGACAGAGCAAUCGCCGACAAUAUACUGAUCACUCACGAAGUGUUACAGUAUCUGAAGACAUCUCAAGCAAAGAAGAAGUGCACAAUGGCAGUUAAAACUGACAUGUCUAAAGCUUAUGACAGAAUGGAAUGGGAGUUUAUUUCACAAGUGCUUAAACGGUUGGGUUUUCACGAGAAGUGGACUAAUCUUAUCAUGCAAUGUGUAACAACCGUAUCCUACUCCUACCUAAUCAACGACUCAGUACAUGGCUCAGUUCUACCUAAAAGAGGAAUUAGGCAGGGAGAUCCUCUGUCUCCCUAUCUGUUCAUUCUGUGCAGUCAAGUUCUAUCGGGGUUGUGUCAAAAGGCUGAAAGAGAAGGUACCUUGCAAGGGAUUCGAGUGGCUAGGGGAAGUCCGAGGGUCAACCACCUCUUGUUUGCUGAUUAUACGAUGUUUUUCUGCUAUGCUUCGCCUGAUAACUGCAACAAACUGAAGGAAAUCUUGUGGGAAUAUGAACAAGCAUCUGGUCAGAAGAUCAACAAAGAGAAAUCUGCUGUCACAUUCUCCUCCAAGACGUCUACGGAGAUGAGAGUACAGGUUAAAACUCUAUUAGGAAUCAAUAAGGAAGGUGGCACUGGUAAAUACCUUGGAUUACCUGAGCAUUUCGGCAGACGUAAGAGAGACCUGUUUACAGCUAUAGUCGACAUAAUUCGUCAGCGAGCCUCCAGUCUAUCAGCGAGAUUCCUAUCCAGAGCGGGCAAGCUCACAAUGCUGAAAGCUGUCCUAACCUCUAUCCCAACCUUCUCUAUGUCGUGUUUCGAACUCCCUGUUAGUUUAUGCAAACGGAUCCAAUCAGUUCUUACUAGAUUCUGGUGGGAUGAUCCAAAAGGGAAAAGAAAAAUGUCAUGGGUUGCAUGGAGUAAAAUCACUAAGCCUAAAGCAGGAGGAGGACUAGGGAUCAGAGAUAUUCAGACGUUUAACCAAGCUCUACUAGCUAAACAAGCAUGGCGAAUCCUCACUCAACCUCACAGUCUACUGGCUCGAGUUCUCCUAGGAAAAUAUUGUCACUCUAAAUCUUUCAUUGAAAGCGAUACUCCAGCAGUGUGUUCUCAUGGGUGGAGGGGUAUCCUACAUGGCAGAGACCUGCUAAAAGGAAAUAUAGGGAGAGCUAUAGGGAAUGGUGAGACCACGAGAGUGUGGAAAGACUCGUGGAUUUCUUUGGAUUCACAAUUAAAACUCUUUGGUCCCAUCCCGGAAGAAGCGUUGGACCUUACAGUCUCUGAUCUACUUACAUCAGAUAUGCUAUGGAACCAAGAGAAGAUUGAAUGUUACCUACCUCUUUUGACGAAGGAGAUCCAACUCAUACAGCCUAGUCUGUCCAAAGCGGAGGAUUCUUUUGUUUGGAACCCACUACCAUCUGGUGUGUACACUACUCGCUCAGGCUACUUCUCGGCAACAAUGCAGACAGCUACGUUUCCAAACUCAAUUGAACCAGGAACCUUUAACUGGAUUAAGGAUGUUUGGUCUGAAGCUUGUUCACCAAAAAUGAAGCUUUUUCUGUGGUCUAUCAUCCAGAGAGAUCUGCCGCUGGGAGAAAACCUACAACAACGAGGGAUGAUAUCAGGAUAUUUUUGUAGAAGAUGUAAUGAGUUAGAAACCGCAAGUCAUACCUUCUUCCACUGUCCUUUUGCUCAGGAGGUAUGGCAACAUAUUCCCUUAAAGAACGCAGUUCACCUAGCUGCAGAGGCAACGUUUGCGGAGGCAGUUGUGGCUUUCAAACGAGCGAUUUGUCUACCACCUACAGUAAUCAUGUGUACGACUCUCCCUUGGGUUUGUUGGUCUCUUUGGAAUGCACGAAAUCAAUUAAUCUUUGAAGACAAAACCCUUUCUUCUAUAGAGACUGCAUCAAGGGGGAUGACAUUAGCAAGGGAAUGGAUAACAGCACAACACCCAAGCACUUUGAAUCCAAAGCCCAUACCUCGAAUGACAAAACGAAUGAACCCAAGAAUAGAGGACUCCUCAAGUUCGAUUUGCAGAACGGACGCGGCAUGGAAUAUACAAUCGAAGCAAGCGGGACUGGCAUGGAUCUUCUCUGAUGCGACUGGGUCUUGGAUUAAUCAAGGUACAAGAACCAUGAAACUGAUCAACUCGCCUCUGAUUGCGGAAGCUUUAGCUCUCCGAUCGGCUCUUCUCUACGCAGAAGCAUUAGGGCUCUCAAAGCUCCGAUGUUAUUCUGACAACGCAACGCUCAUCAGAGCUAUCAACACCGACACGCAGAUCAAGGAAAUCUAUAGUAUCAUCCAAGAUAUCAAGCUCAUCUCCUCUGCUUUCGUCGCUAUUUCCUUUAAUCACUUUGCUCGAUCUUUGAAUGUGGAAGCCGACUGUUUGGCAAAACAAUCACUUUCUUCAUCUCUCUUGUUGUUCUCAAACAAGCAACUUGAGAGUGAAAUUGAAGCUAGUCGUUCCUUGAUUCAAUCAGAUAAAGAGCAACAUCAUAUACCGCACGGCAAAGAGUCUGUGCAAGAAAAGAAAAUUCUCUCACAAGAAAAUAAGAUUCAGAGGCUUAAUGACCAGGUCCAAGAUUUAAGGAGGCAGUUGGUUCAAUGCAGGAAUGAAAAUCUUGUUGAGUUGAUGGAGCUAGUAACUGAGCUUGAUCAGCUGCCACUAAGUGGUGUCUAG